AUGCAUCUGAACUUUUUAACUACUCUCAAGAGCCUUCUGCAUCUUGGGUCCAAGGAUCGGGACCGAGCACAGCGACUCAUUGAUCAAGACGACCACGAGUACGCCCGAGGCCACAUCUCUACUCGGGGGCCAUGCCCGGGACUAAAUGCUCUUGCUAACCAGGGCUACCUCCCUCGCGAUGGAACAAACAUCACGAUCCCUCACGUCGAGGCAGCUCUCAUGACUGCCCUGCACUGCUCUCCCACCCUCGCCUUCGCCCUGUCAAACACUCUCAAGCCGCUAUGCCGCAAGGACGGCGGCACCUUUGACCUCAUCGACAUGCGCCGCCACAACAUCAUCGAGCACGACCGCUCCCUCACGAGGCUCGACUUCCGCCAGGGCGACAACUACAGCCUCCAGCCGCAGCUGCUGGCUGCCCUGCUCGAGCACGACGCCAAGGGCGGCCCCGUCACUGUGGACACGUUGGCACGCAGCUAUCUCAGGAGGAAGAAGGAGUGCAAACAGGCUGGAGCUCCCAGCCUGCCUUUGAAUCUGUGGUUUGUCAACAUCCUGCAGAUUGUGUCCUUUCUGUAUACCGCCCAGAUACCAGGCCGUAUCCUGCCGCGCGAGGUUGUGAAGACGUUUUAUGAAGAGGAGAGGUUGCCCGACGUCAUCGUCACCAACGAGGGAAGACGGACGCUUCCGGGUUUGGUGGGAACUGCCCUCUCACUGCUAGUCAAAGUUGUGUUUCGCAGUUGA